AUGCCUAGGUCUCUACCAAAGUCCGCCUCGCGCGAAGAGGACGAGGCAACAGCUCCCCCUAUCGCCCGGACGGCUCCCGCUUCUCCGUCUGCCUACCGACGCUCCCAAAGCUAUCUCUCCGAAACACACACAGAAUACCAAUCUCUCGACCCUCCUCUAGAGGCCACUGAAACAACAAGCCUGCUAGCACCGACUGUUGGCUCCCACAGGCGAACUCCGCAGCGAUCAUACACCAAUACUUCUGGCUUGUCCGGUGUUGGUCAGGACAACUUCAGGCACCUUCUAGCUGCCGGCAGCUUGCGGCGAACCAGAAACCAUAGCCGAGCGAACUCGGUGGGUAAACGACUGAGUCGGCGAGGAAGCUUGGAUGCAGGCAGCAGGCCCGCCAGUCUCCCUUCUUCGUCAAAAGACAACCUCACCGCCUCUUCGUUUCUGGAUGAACGGACCUGGUACGAUCAGUUUACUUCCACGGACUGGGUGCAUGACAGUAUUGCCGACGGAACCCGUCUUCGACUGCUCCGUCAGCGCAAAGAUAUCCGAGGUCGGCUGUUGGCUGCCUUCGAUGGCGCACAAGGGUGGAUUCUGGUCGCUCUGAUAGGCUGCAUAACUGCAGCUAUCGCAUACUUUGUUGAUGUUACGGAAGGCUCAAUUUUUGAUGUCAAGGAGGGCUUUUGCACCACCCAGUUUUUCCGCAGUAGACGAAGCUGUUGUGGCGGGGAGGCGAUCUGCACUUCAUGGAAAUCUUGGUCUAGGAUCCUUCAGCCAUCUGGCGAAGAGAACAUUUGGGUCGACUUCUUUUUCUUUGUCUUUUGGGUAGUAGUCCUGGCGCUCAUAUCGUGCGCUUUGACUCUACUUACCAAGACUGUCGUCCCCUCGUCGAUCUCUUUGGCCACCCUUGAUGAGAAUCUUGGCGCAGAUUCUCGUGGUACUCGAUCUGGAAAUGGCCUCAGUGAUGUGGCCUCGCCUCUUUCGGAUCCAGAUUCCAGCUCACCGCCCCAUGGAAGUCUGCCUAACAAUCCAUCACGCCCCGCCAUGAUAUACUACUCUGCCGCUGGCAGCGGAGUCGCAGAAGUCAAGGUCAUCAACAGUGGUUUCGUCUUACACGGAUAUAUGGGACUGAAGACCCUGGUCGUUAAAACGAUUGGCUUAAUAUUCAGUGUAUCAUCUGGGUUGAGCUUGGGCAAAGAGGGUCCAUACGUUCACAUCGCUACUUGCGUGGGCAAUAUCUGCUGUCGCUUGUUUGCCAAGUAUAACCAUAAUGACGGGAAGCGGCGAGAGGUGCUGAGCGCCAGUGCGGCCAGUGGUGUCGCUGUUGCUUUUGGUGCCCCGAUUGGUGGUGUGCUCUUCAGUCUGGAAGAAGUCAGCUAUUAUUUCCCGCCCAAGACCCUUUUCCGAACAUUCUUUUGCUGUAUUGCAGCUACGCUUUCGCUGAAGUUUCUCAAUCCAUAUGGAACUGGAAAAAUUGUUCUUUUCGAAGUCCGCUAUCUGUCGGAUUGGGAGAUCUUUGAGAUCUUCAUCUUCAUCGCCCUUGGCAUCAUGGGAGGCGCGGCCGGUGCGCUGUUCAUCAAAGCCUCGAGCUGGUGGGCGCGAACCUUCCGCCGCAUACCCGCUAUCAAGAAGUGGCCGAUGCUUGAGGUCUUUUUGGUUGCACUUCUGACAGGUGUGGUCAGCUUCUGGAAUCGAUACACCAAGAUUCCCGUUACAGAACUCUUGUUUGAACUGGCCACUCCUUGUGAAACGGAUGUGGAGAGUACCGGGCUAUGUCCGCGGGCAGAUGGCAUUCUCGAAAUUAUCAAGUACCUCAUGGUGGCUUUUGUCAUCAAGAGUAUCCUCACCAUCGUGACAUUUGGUAUCAAAGUUCCUGCCGGCAUCUACGUACCCUCAAUGGUUGUUGGUGGAUUAAUGGGACGAAUUGUAGGUCAUUUGAUCCAAUACUGGGCUCUCAAGCAUCCCACGUUCUUUUUGUUCGACUCUUGUCCUGCUGGUACUGGAAUCGAGUCAUGCGUGACUCCGGGAGUCUACGCGCUUAUUGCAGCUGGAGCGACCAUGUGUGGUGUGACCCGACUCUCGGUCACUCUGGCUGUGAUUCUCUUUGAAUUAACGGGGAGUCUGAACCAUGUGCUUCCAUUCUCUCUGUCGGUACUAUGUGCCAAGUGGACAGCGGAUGCCAUCGAGCCUCGCAGUAUAUAUGACCUCUUGACCGAUAUGAAUUCGUAUCCCUUCUUGGACAGCAAACUUCAGCCAACAUCCGAUGCCUUGCUGGGUGACAUUGUUCGACCAGUUCGAAAGAACCGGAUCAUAGAUAUCUCCGAUUCGCCAUAUGUGGCAGCUACAGAUUUGCGUACAAAGUUGGAACAUCUGCUAAUGGCUGGUGAACUGGACAGCGGUCUUCCGAUUCUGCGUAACGGUGUAUUGACUGGUCUCAUCCCAGCUCCUGAUCUUGAAUAUGGUCUGGACGAAAUCCGGGGUGACGAAGACAAUACAAUCUGCCUCAUGUCCAUGGAUGCCUCUACAGCCGUCUUCGACAGUGAUUACGAAGAUGCUGAACCAGCCGACUUCACUCGAUUCAUUGACGCGGCUCCAAUCGCCCUUGAUGUUCACUCCUCUAUCGAUCUCGUCUACCAGUGCUUUGCUAAACUUGGUCUCCGAUAUCUGUGUGUUACCCAGGACGGAAAAUAUGCCGGCCUGGUCCACAAGAAGUCAUUUGUCAAAUUUAUGAAAGAGAACAGUGACUAG